AUGUCAGGGCUCCAACGUCGUCGUGUGAAUAGAACAGAAUCUGAAGCUUCUGCGGGGCAUAACAACAAUGAUAGCAGUACUGCCGAUUCCAUCGAAGAAGAGAAUGGCAACAGGAAAGUCGCUUACGAUCCGGAGGAAGUUCUUUUGAAGAACAACAACUCUGUGCCCAAACUCACGAUCAUGGAGGAAGUAUUAUUAAUGGGGCUUAAGGAUAAAGAGGGGUAUCUGUCAUUUUGGAACGAUAAUAUCUCAUACGCGUUACGUGGGUGUAUUUUGAUUGAGCUAGCAUUGAGAGGCAAGAUUCAAGUGGUUAAUGAUUCUGCCAGAAAACGUUUUGAUGUGUCAGAGAGACUCGUUGAAGUCUGUAAUGCGACGAAAACAGGUGAGGUGCUUCUAGAUGAGGCCCUGAACCUGAUGAAGAACGAUGAGCCGCUAACGAUAGCCAAUUGGAUCGAUUUGCUCAGUGGAGAAACAUGGAACUUUAUGAAAAUAAGCUACCAACUAAAGCAAGUUCGUGAACGACUUGCCAAGGGCUUAGUUGACAAAGGUGUAUUGAGAACUGAAAUGAAAAACUUCUUCUUAUUUGAUAUGCCCACACAUCCAGUGGUGGACAGUAGCUGCAAGGAAUCAAUCAAGCGCAGAAUACUUUCAGUUCUGGUCUCUAGAAACAUGCAGCUCAAUUAUAACGAUUAUUUCCCCGAAUCUGUAUCUUUCAAGCUAAUAAGAACAUUGUCUCUGAUUUGUGGGGCAUAUGGUGCAAACGUUUUAGAGAAUGUUCUAUCUAGUCUUGAGUAUGAAAAGAGAGAUCGUGCUUUUGGUCGUGCGGAUGAGAUCUUGGCCCAGUUCUCUCAGUAUCCCUUCUCACUGGACAAGCCAACAGAGACUGGAAUCUCUGUAAACCUAAACAACGAGGCUCAAGAAGAAAUAGCCUCAAAUCCGAACGCGGAUUUGCAGUUGGAGGUUGUUGCUGGGGUAUUUGAAGUCUUUUCGCGAAUGGACACGCUACUGUGA